AAAGAAUAUCAUUUUAAUCAAAAACACAUUCCAGUAAUAACUAAAUAAACAGUGAUAUACAGAGUUAAUUGUAAAUAUACAGUGGUUGCACCUACGGGAUACGUACCUGUAUGUUUUAUAAUCGCAAACAGAAAUAAUAAACAUCUUGGUAUAAUGUCAGUUGUAUGCCCUUCUGUAUCUGUGGCCUAAGUAAAUAUUGAGUGUAUAUUCAGGAAAGCCGUGCUUAACCGAUUAAACAAAGGUGAAUUUAACAGCAGCCUCCUCCUUAAGUCAUCCUGGCAUUAUCGCUACAGGCGGCUAGCACUAGAUACACCUCCCAGCUAAAAGUGCACAUCAUCAUUGUAAACGGAGCGUUUAAAACGCAGUCCCGGACAGCUAUUAUCUGGAUAUUAGAAGCGUACUACUUGAGUGGCAAUUUCUAACUGCCUGUGUUAUACCAUUUAAAGUUCAUAUAAAAUUGAAUAAUAUGUACCUCAAAUCCAUGUUUACAACGAAUCUUUAAUCAUUCUCUGAGUAAGAUCUAAUAUAAGUAAUAAUUAUUCUUAAUUACUGUACUAGAUAUAUAUGUGGCAAUAACUCACACGCGAAAAGAGGAUUAAUAAUACAUGCGUGCAUAAUGUUCAUUAUGUGAUGAUUAGCCUAUUAUCAUGCAGCGAUACUGCAAGGGAUCGCAUCAACGUGAUAUUUGCAUGCUUACAUGCAGAGGCGUAUGAAUUGAAACAAAAGCCUUACACCACAUGAGCAGGUUACGUGUGACGGGACGGGCAUAACUCGGUGAAUGAAGUGUGUAACACGAGCAUUAUUCUUCAAAACACUCCCGCACAUUGGGAAACAAUCUAUUGUGCGAGUCGUUGAAUCGGAGAGCACGUGAGAAUCCCGUAAUCGCAGAGUUAUGUGAUUGGUCGCGUUUCCAUGUGCGGUUUUCAUGCGCGUACUGCCUGCAAAUAAAACACACUUAGAACGUUCUACUGCAUGCUGUGAGUGCCUGGAGUGCAUUAACAGUUUUUUGUUUGUAAUGUUAUGGGAAGAAAGACUGGGAAUGUUGUUGCUGGUUCCCAUAAGUGCUUUGAUAAUGUGCACGUUGGUGGUUGCAGAGGAAGUCCGAAAACCUGGAGUUGUGCCCUUGUUUCAGCCUAUUGAAGCUUCUAAAGGCAAUGAUUCCAGCAGUCACGUGACCUAUGGAAGAAUUAUUCUGGAGCACUCCAGAACAACUGAAGAUGGUGAUUAUAUUACUCAAAAUGGGGAGAGACUUCAUGGAAAGACUCCUGAUGUGGCUGAAUAUGAUUAUCAGUCUGAUUUUGAUUGGCGUCACUUGGAGAAACUGCAGGAGGAGGCUUCCAGCUCUUUUGGUCCUCGUGGUCCGGCUGUUGAAUCACUGCUUCAGAUGAAGCCGAUGGUGGAGUGUGGGGCUGACAUCAUGACCCUCCGUGUCAAAGGUGGCUCGCUGCUGUAUCUCCUAGUAGACCGAGGGGAAGCUUCCCCCCUACCCCUGUCAAACCUGCCCCCACAGUGUGGCUACUCUCUGAGGACCACCUGGAGGGACACCGUGUUUAUGGCACCCUAUGAUGGUUGCUAUGGUGUAAAAGAGGGUGACAACUAUGUUCUACCGUUGCGUUGGGGUGGUACCCCCCUGAAAAUGACCUGUCCUGCUCGGCCGCAUGUUGCUACUUCCCCCUCUGUCUCCUGCCAUCCUUCUGGCAUGGUGGUGACUAUUCCUGGCAGUGGUGACGCUAGCAAGCUCAUGAUCAUGUAUAAUGGAGCCUGGAAUCCCUUGCUGUGGGUGUCUGUGCAGUGUGGGUAUAGUGUGGUGACUCAUUCUGGGGGACUUGUGGUCACUGCCCCUUUUGCAACAUGUGGGGAAAUCAAGGAUGGGAUGUACACCCUGGAAUUCAUGGAAGGAAAAGUCAAACUCUCCUGCCCUUCACAGCCUCUGACUGGCUCUCCUUCUGUUUCACCUCCACCUUCUCCCAAGCCUUCACAGACCACUGUCUCUUAUCUCAAACUUGCCAUCAUGACUCCCAGUGAGCCCUACUUUACACCUCCCCCUCAAACAGUCACUCCGGCUUCUGCUCCAGUGACCUUUAAGUUGCAGAGACCUGUAUCCUGGCACCUUAUGGUUCCUCGCCCUCAUCUGCCCACUCAUGCCCCUGUACCCCCCAAACCAGUUACUCAUACUGUCUAUAAGCCCCUACCCACUAGGCCUGUACCCCCAUCCCAUAAACAUCCAACUCCUCCUGCUGCUCACCCCCAUGUCCCACAUCUUUGGAAUACUAACAAUCCCCUCAUUCCUGUCUAUCCCCCUUUCCCCUUUCCUCCAAAAUCUGCCCUUAAAACUCCUGCCCCUGUCAUCCCUAAGCUUGCUCCUCCUUUUCCUGGCCUCCCUACUCCUGUCGUCCCUAAGCUUGCUCCUCCUUUUCCUGGCCUCCCUACUCCUGUCGUCCCUAAGCUUGCUCCUCCUUUUCCUGGCCUCCCUACUCCUGUCGUCCCUAAGCUUGCUCCUCCUUUCCCUGGCCUCCCUCACACACCUCACAAAAUACCCUGGCAUUUUAAUCUGUUUCAAACUCCUGUUCCCUCCCACCCUCACUUCUACCCCAGACCACCAAAACCAACUCCCCAAAUCCCCAUUUUCCUCAGGCCUCCUCCACAAAUGACUCCUCACCCUCUCUCUGACCCCCUGUACACUCCCAUCCCUAAACCAGUUGCACACCAUCCAGUCCAUGGUUCUCCUGCUCAUCCCCAUCACACUGAUCUCUUCUACCCUUCCCUCCCUAAACCCCCAGUUCUGCCUCCUGUGGUCCCUCCACCAGUUAGACCUGUUGGUCCUGCAGUUCCUUGUAUCUUUCCACCAUGUCCCUGGCUUCCUGUGUUCCACAACCAUAUGUACUUCAAUCUAGGCUCUCACUUCAUAGACUGUGCUCAGACACACCCAGGUAAGCCAUCCACUUUCCCCAACUUCAUGUUGCCAUAUCACAGUAGGCACCAUAACCUACAGGAAUCCUCAGUGUCCCCAAGAAGGCAUUAUGACAAUCAUGGUCCAGCUUCUCAACCAUUCCAUUCUUGGGACCUAGUUGUUCCAUUCUCUAAACCCUCAAGCCAUAUGGAGACCAAGCACAGGGGCUCACCUCCCCAACCCUACAACCCCAGUUUCUAUUGGAACCCAGCCCACCCAAAACCUCCAGAGCUCAAACAGACUUCUUACCCCCAAAAUUCUGAGCCUGUGCUGGAUGAGCAUUCUGGCAGCCGUUCUGCAGCAACCAGUCUUUCUGUCUCACUUGGAUCAAGAUAAUCCUUGACAGCCACUUAACACGGACUUGGAAUGCAGUGCUUCAUGUUCACCUGUAGAACUCGAUUGUCAACUUGUGAUUUGUCUAAUAAACAUUUAAAAAAAAAAAA